GGCCACAGCAGCCACAGAAGCUAACUCUGAGCUGUGGUCUUCCACAUCUGGCCCUGGGGGCCCCCGAGAAUCCUGAGUGCAGCACAAAUUCUCUUUUCCUGAGACAACAUCAAGCAGCAAAGACAGCUGAGGUCCCUUGGAACCCGGCCCAGCGGCUGGGGAGAGAUUUGGGGCCUUCCCCCGCCCCCUCCCUGGGGGAGGGGCCAGGUCUCAUCCACCACCUGGACUGGAGCUGUCAGAGGCCAGGCCAGAGCAGAGCAGACCUGGGAGUGUGAGGCUGGGAGUGGCCCCAGCAGGUUCUGUGAGGCCGCCGGCACAGGAAAGGAACGAAGCCAGGAGCGCCUCAAAGUCCAGUGGGGUGGUGAGCGACUCUAACAGAGGAGUGUGGUGCUGGCAGCGAUGGGGCCUGGAACUUCAGGAAGUGGGGUCAGGACAGUGACAGCUCCACGCUCAGCGCUGGGCUCCGGAGUCAGCCUGCACGCCUAUGACAUAGGGGUCCUGGUCGUCUACUUUGUCUUUGUCAUUGGCGUGGGGAUCUGGUCGUCCAUUCGCGCAAGCCGAGGGACCAUCGGGGGCUAUUUCCUGGCGGGGAGGUCCAUGACCUGGUGGCCGAUUGGAGCCUCUCUGAUGUCCAGCAAUGUGGGCAGUGGCUUGUUCAUCGGCCUGGCUGGGACAGGAGCUGCCGGAGGCCUUGCUGUUGGGGGCUUCGAAUGGAAUGCAACCUGGCUCCUUCUGGCCCUGGGCUGGAUCUUUGUCCCCGUGUACAUUGCUGCUGGUGUGGUCACAAUGCCACAGUACCUGAAGAAGCGAUUCGGGGGCCAGAGGAUCCAGGUGUACAUGUCUGUCCUGUCUCUCAUCCUCUACAUCUUCACCAAGAUUUCAACUGACAUCUUCUCUGGAGCUCUGUUCAUCCAGAUAGCCUUGGGCUGGAACCUAUACCUCUCCACGGCGAUGCUUCUGGUGGUGACAGCUGUCUACACCAUUGCAGGAGGUCUCACGGCCGUGAUCUACACAGAUGCUCUGCAGACGGUGAUCAUGGUGGGGGGCGCCCUGGUCCUCAUGUUUCUAGGCUUUCAGGAGGUGGGCUGGUACCCAGGCCUGGAGCAACGGUACAGACAGGCCAUCCCUAAUGCCACAGUCCCCAAUACCACCUGCCAUCUCCCCCGAUCUGAUGCCUUCCAUAUGCUCCGGGACCCUGUGAGCGGGGACAUUCCUUGGCCAGGCCUCAUUUUUGGGCUCACGGUGCUGGCCACCUGGUGCUGGUGCACGGACCAGGUCAUUGUGCAGAGGUCUCUGUCUGCCAAGAAUCUGUCCCACGCUAAGGGAGGCUCGGUGCUGGGGGGGUACCUGAAGAUCCUGCCCAUGUUCUUCAUCGUCAUGCCUGGCAUGAUCAGCCGGGCCCUGUACCCAGAUGAGGUGGGCUGUGUAGACCCUGAAGUUUGCCAAAGCAUCUGCGGGGCCCGCGUGGGGUGUUCCAACAUCGCCUACCCCAAGCUGGUCGUAGCCCUCAUGCCUGUUGGUCUGCGGGGCCUGAUGAUCGCCGUGAUCCUGGCCGCCCUCAUGAGCUCACUCACCUCCAUCUUCAACAGCAGCAGCACCUUGUUUGCCAUCGACGUGUGGCAGCGCUUCCGGAGGAAGGCCACAGAGCAGGAGCUGAUGGUGGUGGGCAGACUGUUUGUGGUGUUCCUGGUUGUCAUCAGCAUCCUCUGGAUCCCCAUCAUCCAAAGCUCCAACAGUGGGCAGCUCUUCGACUACAUCCAGUCUGUCACCAGCUACCUGGCCCCGCCUAUCACUGCCCUCUUCCUCCUGGCCAUCUUCUGCAAGAGGGUCACAGAGCCUGGAGCCUUCUGGGGCCUCAUGUUUGGCCUGGCAGUGGGGCUUCUGCGCAUGAUCCUGGAGUUCUCAUACCCAGCCCCAGCCUGCGGGGAGGCAGACCGGAGGCCGGCCGUGCUGAAGGACUUUCACUACCUCUACUUUGCACUCCUGCUCUGUGGGCUCACUGCCAUCGUCAUCGUCACUGUCAGCCUCUGUACCACCCCCAUCCCUGAGGAGAAGGCAAGUGGAGUGCUUGUCCUGGGGCCCCACGAAAUGUUCUCCCUACCCCCAGUGUCUGAAAUUCUACCGCCAAGUUUUACUCCAUUGGGUUGUCUCCUCUGCAGCCACACAGAGUCCUUGGGAGGAGGAGCUCAUUGGGUUAGCAAUUCCCAUGCGAAAAGUAAUUCAUUCAAUGGGAAAUUUACUCAAUGAGCACCUACUGUGUGCCGGGCUCUGUGCCAGGGUUACCAAGAUGAAUGGGGCCUGCCAGCAAGUGUCGGGGACAGGCACCAGCACACGCAGUUACUCUACCACAAGGGAGUGAAGAAGGACCAAGCUCAAAGGGAGGGGCCGAGGACAGGAGGGGCUGUCACCCCUGGGGGCUGCAUCGGGUUCCGUGACAAGGUCACUUUGAGCUGGCCCUAGAAGAAAGAGUAGGGAUUCAUUGGCCAGUUGAGACACAGGUAAAUGAGGGGAGUCCACCAGAGCGAGUCCUCACCACUCCUGUGCUCACAGAUUUGCCAGUCUUCAGACUUUGAAGCUGUCUUUUGAAACCUUUCUUCAUUAGAGCAAAAGAGUAUUGGCUCCGGCUGCCAUGACACGAAACCACAAUCUGGGGGGUGAAACAACAGAAAUGUAUGUCCUCACAGUUCUGGAGGUGAGAAGUCUGAGGUCAAGGUGUCUGUAGGGCUGUUUGCUCUGAGGCCCCUUGUCCUUGGCUUGCGGAUGCCUGCCUUCUCCUCUCUGUCCUCACCCUCUCUUUCCUUGUGCCCGUCUGCGCCCUUGUCUCCCCUUCUUUUGUUUUUAAAGUUUAUUUUUCAUUUUGAGAAAGAGAGAGAGAGCACAAGCAGGGGUGGGGCAGAGAGAGAGAGGGAGAGACAGAGAAUCCCAAGCAGGCUCCCCACCAUCAGCACAGAGUCCUAUGUGGGGCUCGAACUCACAAACUGCAAGAUCAUGACCUGAGCUGAAACCAAGAGUGGGACAGUUAACUGAGCCACCCAGACACGCCCCCUAGUCUCCCCUUCUUAUAGGGACACCAGUCAUGUUGGAUUAGGGCCACUCUAUUGUCUUCAUUUAACCUUAAUUACCUCUUUAAAGGCCUUCUCUCCAUGUAUAGUCACAUUCUGAAGUCCUGGGGGUUAGGACUUUAACAUAUCAAUUUGAAGGAGGGACACAAUUCAGCCCCAAAAUAACAGAGCCCAUGCCAGAAGUUAGUCCCUGAAACAUUGGGUGGAAGUUAUGAAUAACAUCUCUGACCUGUAUGGUGCUUUAGAGUUUGCAAAACGACUUUAUACCCUUGGUACCAUUAAUUCCUACCGAGGAGCCAAGAGAGACCAAUUUCUCUGGUGGCUCACUCCAGAAAUGGUCUCUCUUCACUGCCUGAAUCUUCAGCUUCUUCUCCAUUGUCUGCUCUCUCAGCCCCACACUGAGAUGUCUCACACUUGAAAAUCCCCUCCCUUCCCUAAUUACGGCUGCCUCCCCUGCCCCCCGCCCUGCUCCUCACCAGGACACCGUGCACAGGGGUCUCCACCCCAGCCUUACUUUCCACUUCUUGUAUACGUCUCAUCCAGUCUGGUGUCCCACCUUCCCACUGCAACUGCUCUCUCCAAGACCCCAAUAACCUUCUUGUUGCAGAAAGUACUGGUCACAUCCUCAUCUUCAUCCUCAGUGAGCUCUGAGAACCAGACACCGCUGACCACCCCCUGCCUCCUGAAGGGCUCUCUUCCGUUCACUUCCGUGACAUAUUCCUCUCCAGUAUUGUCUUUCCACCCUCUGCUCUUCUGCCUUCUUUGUGGUCUCAAAUGUCAGGGUUCCUUAGGAACCCAAAUAUGGCCUAUAACCCUUCUCCCCACACUGUCUCUGAGUUAUCUUAUCCGUGUCCGUGGAUUCAACCACCCUCUACAUGAAGACAAAACUCAAUUUUCUGUCGCUAGCCAAAGAUUCAAACCCCAAAUCCAACUGUCUCCCAUGACAUGAAGUGACACCGCCCAUAUACUGCUCAAUGACACACGGUGUAAGUCUGAAGUAACAUUUAUGAAGAUGUACUUACAAGGGAAGACGCAGCCCAGGCUCUCAUGACCAUGCAGAGGCGUAGUUAGACGCUGGCAGGAAGAGCCCCAGAAGACGGCCUCUCACCCUGCACCGCUAUACAUAUUUGUAGGAAUCUGGGGCGGGGCAGGGGAUACCUGGGUCAAUAUGGAACCAAGAGCUGCCUGGCUACAAAAAAAGGCUGUUUGGAAAGGAGGCCGUCCAGAGCUCAGUCACGGUUGGGUCCAACUGAUAUCAGCCAGAGGACUUGCUGUGCGUUCUGCCAAGCCUCCAGAUAGGGAGGAGAGGUCAAGCCACCAGGGCUGUCCACGCGACACAGGUGUGCUUCUCCUCACCUGGACACCUCCACCCUGUGGAGGUGGGCUCUGCUGGCAGUCUCUAGGCAGAGUCCUCCAGCUCGCCCACCACCCAUCUGAUGGCCCACGGCAGGAACCUGAGAGCCAUGUCUGCGGAUUCCUCGCCCGGCUCAUUCAAUCAGUCACCAAGGCCUGUGGGUCUUCCUCCUCAACAUCCCAAAGACUGCCCCCUCCAUCUAUCCCAGAGGCUCUGUACGUCUUGCUCUGCUUUUCCAGCAGCCUCCAGGCAGGAUCCCUUUGAUUCACUCUGAGAGAUCUUUUUUUUUUUUAUGUUUAUUUAUUUUUGAGAGACAGAGCACGAGUGGGGGAGGGGCAGAGAGACAGGGAGACACAGAAUCCCAAGCAGGCGCCAGGCUCUGCACUGUCAGCACAGAGCCAAAUGCGGGGCUCGAACUCAUGAACUGUGAGAUCAUGACCUGAGACGAAGUCAGAUGUUUGACCAACUGAGCCCCCCGGGAACCCCUCCAAGAGAUCUUCCUAAAUUCCACAACUUAGAGUCUUUUCCCUUUGUCUGAAGUCUGCAGUGACUCUCCAUUGCCUACGAGUUUCUAUUUACAAGUAUCAACUCCACAGCCUGAUCUUGGAAGCCUUUUGCCAUGUGGCACCUGCCUUACUGUCCAGCUUCUUUCCUCCAAGUUUCCAAGCAUGGAGCCUGGAACAGGUGCUCAGGGGUGCAGAUUUUCAAAGACAGAGCAUUCGGCUGGAGCAAGGCCUCCUGACUCGGCCCUGUGCCUGUUCCUCGAGCUCCUCACUGCUUUGCCGGCCUCCUUGAAGGGGGUUGUCUUUUCCCACAGUGAGACUGCCCCUCAAAAGUAACCGACUCAAGCGGUGUUUUCUUUCUCUCCAGCUCGCUCGCCUGACGUGGUGGACACGGAGCCAUCCCCACUCUGA